AUGGAGAACAGACCUUCAACCCGCCUUGGGAAUUCCCUUAACGGUAGACAUCCGGGCCCGCGGGAACGGCAAUUGCCAGACAAUAACAUCCCACCUCCGCCUCUCCUGCCACCACCACCGCCCCAGCACGAACGAUCUCCAAGCACGUCAUAUCACGCAAAGCGUACCAGCCGUACCAGUGGUGGUACCCCCCCGCCAAAGAGGCCACGAACAGGCAAUGAAGAACAGUGGAGUCGGUGGAGCAAUGACGGCGGUGGGCGGGGAGAGCUUAAAGUUGCUCCGGAUUGGAGCGGGAACGAAACCACCAUGAACACCGACCAUGGGGACGAGGACCAGUACCAACGGGAGCGAUAUUUUGGGUCUAACUCCACGCCCACGCCCUCAGCGUCGAUGCCACCGCCGAGUACGUCCUUGACAUACCGAGACACGGAAAACGAGUACUCGCUCGCGCAUGCAAAAUGGGGCCUGCGGAGAGAAGUGGUCAUGGGCUUUUCCCACUGCGGUAUUGGGCAGAUGUACCCCUGGCAAGCGGAAUGCCUAGCUAUGAGUGGGUUGCUCGCUGGCGAGAGCAACCUCGUCUACACUGCUCCUACGUCCGCUGGCAAGUCCCUCGUGGCGGACAUCCUUGCCAUCAGGAAGGUCGUGAAUGAGCGUAGGAAAGCCAUCAUUGUAUUGCCGUUCAUCGCUAUCGUCCAGGAGAAGACAAGAUUUCUCAAGAAGGUUUUGGAGAAAGUCCGGGUUGCGGUGCCGAAAAGAGGGAGGUGGGAUAAAGCGAAUUUAUGGAAGCAUCUUAAUAUCAUCGGGUUUCAUGGUGGGUCUAAGGCGAGAAUGGGGUGGAAGGAGUUAGAUGUUGCGGUUUGCACUAUUGAGAAGGCAAAUGCACUUGUCAAUGCUGCGAUUGAAGACCGGACUGUAAACCAGUUGGGCAUCGUCGUUUUCGAUGAAUUGCAUAUGCUGGGUGACGACCAUCGGGGAUAUAUCCUUGAGCUGCUCGCGACGAAAUUACUUUGCUUAACAGAAGCGAACAUUCAGAUUGUGGGCAUGUCGGCCACUCUUAGCAACGUAAGGGUCUUAGCAACCUGGCUAAAAGCGCAAUUCUACGAAUGUGCCUUCCGACCCAUCCCUCUACAAGAACACCUGGUCUACGACAAUAACAUCUACAGCUAUGACGAAAAGCUUGUCGCAAAAAUUUCCCCCAGCGAGCCUAAGGAGUUAAAAGACCCUGUGACAAACGCAAUCGUAUCAUUAACCCACGAGGCGGUGAAAGGGGGCCACGGAGUGCUUGUGUUCUGCGAGAGCAGGAGUCGGUGUGAAGAUGUUGGGAGGUUGCUUGUCAAGUUUAUGCCUGCAGUGAAUGAAGAGAUUCGGGAAGAGAGAAUGGAAAUCAUUAGGGAUCUUGCGACGACGAGUACCGGAUUGGAUCCCAUCUUGGAGAAGACCGUGCCGGCAGGGGUGGCGUUUCAUCACGCUGGUUUGACGACGGAAGAGAGGGAUCUAAUCGCUGAGGCGUAUGAUCGAGGGGCUAUUAAGGUUAUUUGCUGUACGGCUACUAUGGCGGCUGGGGUUAAUUUGCCCGCCAGAAGAGUUAUUAUAUCGCCGAGGAUGGGAAGGGACUUUCUUUCACCGACAAUGUUGAAACAAAUGAGAGGCAGAGCUGGAAGGAAGGGGAGAGAUACCCAUGGCGAAAAUUACCUCUGUUGCAGGAAGGAGGACUUAGGACCGGUCAAGGAGCUAAUUAAUGCGCCGAUGCCAUCAAUUCAGAGCUGUCUUGGGGGAGAGACUGGCAGUUUGAAGAGAGCUCUGCUUGAAGGCAUAGCUACAAAGCUAGCAACAUCCGACGACUCCCUAAGUGAAUACAUGCGCGCAACGCUAAUCUACCACACGACACCGGAGCCACUAAAAUACCUAAAGCCAAAGAUUCUAGAUGCAAUAGAGCAUCUCAAGCAAAUGGGGUUAAUAAGCGAAGACAGAAUUCAAGGGUACUUCCACGCAACAGGGGUAGGGAAUGCAACUGUUGCGUCUGGACUCAGCCCUGAAGAAGGAGUAUUCCUGCACGACGAGCUAUCUCGGGCGUUAAUGAACUUUAAUCUCGAAAGCGACAUGCACAUUGUCUACCAGUUUACUCCGAUCCAUUCCUCCACGACCGCAAGUGUAAACAUAGAUUGGAAGCUCAUGCGCGAGGAAGUAGAAAAGCUUGAUGAAAGCGGUAUUCGAGCGGCGACUUUCGUAGGUGUUAGUCCAGCUUUUGUCAAUAAAAUGGCCCAAGGCGGCACCCUCCGUGAGGAUUCCCCACAAAACAUCUCCAAGGCCCGCGUAUAUCGCCGCUUCUACGUCUCCCUCAUGCUACGCGAACUCCUUAACGAAAAACCCGUACACAUAGUAGCCGCAAACUAUAACAUUGCCCGCGGUUUUAUCCAGCAGCUCUCGACAACCUGCAAAGGCUUCGCCACAAUAAGCGGCACCUUUUGCAGGGUCAUGGGAUGGACAGGCUUAGCCGUCUUACUAGAACACUACAGCUGGAGACUCGACAUGGGUGUCAAGGCCGACUUGAUGAGCCUUGCUAGGAUACCGUUCGUUAAGAGCGUCACCGCAAGGAUUUUUCACGAGAAUGGGCUUAAGAGUGUAGAGGCAGUGUCGGCAUCAAACGUAGAGGCCUUAGUGAAAUUGUUAGAGUUAGCGCAGCCGAAGAAGUUGCGGUUGAGAGAGGCGGAAAUGGGCAAGAUGAGGGGUAGGUUGGAGCAGAGGGCGGCGGUUAUACUUGAGGCGGCGGUGACAAUUUAUGAGCAGGAUUGUAAGGAUGCCGCAGAGGAGUGAGAAGGGUGAGAGGCGUUGGGGGGGCUUUUCUCGGCGUUCUGUUUUAACUUAUAGAGGUUGGGGCUUUUGUCAAGGUCACAGUUUGGUUAUUAGUAUCAUAGCAUUGCUGGUGGUGGCCAUGCGAGGGGCUUCAUAUAAUAAGGCUAUAUCCUGUAA